CUCGGAGGAUUCCGUCAACCUCCGUCCGUCCGAGAGAGCAGCCGCGCCGCAGACCCUCGCAGCGCUCGUCGGUGGAGCAAUUUUCGGAUCAACUCGGUCGCUUUUUCGUUCGCAGACAUUCGUGCGAUGCCCGCGGAGCUCCGCCGCUUUACCCUCUGUAGAAAUCAAAGCUCCUCCACCUGGAUCUAUUUCCUAAAAAACUCUGGAUCUCACUGCUUUUUAACGGGAAUUUAGAAAUAAAUACUGACAAGGAUCCCGCAGCGCUUCCAAACCGCCGGGGCCCCGCACCUGCUCCGUCCCCGCAGACCGCCUUUCCCCCCGCCCCGCUUUAGCAUGAUGUCUUAUCUCAAACAGGCCCCGUACGGGAUGAACGGACUGGGCCUGAGCGGAGCCGCCAUGGACCUGCUGCACCCGUCCGUGGGAUACCCGGCCAACCCACGGAAGCAGCGGCGGGAGCGCACCACCUUCACCCGCACGCAGCUCGACAUCCUCGAGUCUCUGUUCGCAAAGACGCGCUACCCCGACAUCUUCAUGAGGGAGGAGGUGGCGCUGAAGAUCAACCUGCCGGAGUCCCGAGUGCAGGUCUGGUUUAAGAACAGACGAGCAAAGUGUCGCCAGCAGCAGCAGAGCACCAACAGCGCCAAGGUCAAGCCUAUGAAGAAGAAGCCAUCUCCGACCAGAGAGAGCACCGGGUCAGAGAGCAGUGGACAGUUCACACCACCGCCUGUGCCUAGCUCCUCCUCCACCUCUUCUUCAUCCACCUCCUCUUCUUCCUCCUCCGUCUCCUCUGGUUUGGGCCUGAUUGCCACCUCUACCUCCGUUACUGCUCCAGUCUCGUCCAUCUGGAGCCCGGCGCCAAUCUCUCCGGCCCCGGCGCCGGCCAAUCUGCCAGACUCAGCGGUCCCUGCCAGCGCCUCCUGCAUGCAGCGCUCUGCAUCUUCCUCAACUGCUGGAUCAACGCCGUCCUACCCGGUGUCCUACAGCCAGGCAGCUUACAGCCAGGGCUACCCCGCCUCGGCUUCGGGUUCCUACUUCGGCGGCAUGGAAUGCGGCUCCUACCUGGCACCGAUGCACUCCCACCACCAUCCGCACCAGCUCAACGCCAUGACAGGUGGCUCCAUGUCAGGACACCCCCACCACCACAUCAGCCAAACAUCAGGCCACCACCACCAUCACCACCACCCCACACAUCACCACCAGGCGUAUAGCGCGCCGGGCCUCGCUUUCAACUCCACGGACUGUCUGGAUUACAAAGAGCAGGCGGCGGCUUCGGCCUGGAAGCUCAACUUCAACGCCUCAGACUGUUUGGACUACAAAGACCAGGCCUCAUGGCGUUUCCAAGUGCUGUGACUCCACUUCUUUGAAUGCAACUUGGUUUAUUUUGGAGAUUCUUCACACUGGUAGAACCUUAGAACUGCUUUCCAUAAUGUUUGAGGAUGCACUGAAACCGUGAGCAUGGUGAUUAUUUUUCUACUCAAGAAAAACUGACCCAGUUUUUAACUCCAAGGCCUUUACCAGUAAAAGAUCAGCAGAACCUGUGAGGAACUCUUGGACCACAAACUCUGAGAAACACAGACUGGAGAAAAGAGCCGUCAGCGGACUUCUGAUUGGGCUUUUCUUGAAAGAAACAGAACGGUGCGAUAAAACGGGUCACACUGUGAUAAAAAAUCCUUUGGUCUUUAAUCUGGAUCUGGAGCAGAAUCCCCUCCCGGCCUGCGGCUGUCAGUUAUGGAGACUGAAAUGCGGCACUUGUUUAUACAGGGACAGAUUUUCCUAUUUGUUCUUUGCAGAGAAAAAAUACAAAUGUGAACUGGACACAUGAUGUCUGCGUUGCAUUGAAGCUCGAAAGAUGUACAUUCGUGUCGUUAUAAUAAACUCGUAUUGAAAUUCAA